AUGUUGGACACUUCAAGAAAGAUGUUGGACACUUCAAGAAAGAUACUGGACACUUCAAGAAAGAUGUUGGACACUUCAAGAAAGAUGUUGGACACUUCAAGAAAGAUACUGGACACUUCAAGAAAGAUGUUGGACACUUCAAGAAAGAUACUGGACACUUCAAGAAAGAUGUUGGACACUUCAAGAAAGAUGUUGGACACUUCAAGAAAGAUACUGGACACUUCAAGAAAGAUACUGGACACUUCAAGAAAGAUACUGGACACUUCAAGAAAGAUGUUGGACACUUGA